UACUGUACAUCGAAUUACCGGAAGACUAUAAAUACAGUACUGUACUGUAUGUGCAAUGGAAAUUCCGUACUUUCGAUUUUACUGUGAAACAUUCUUGAGAACUCAUCAUUUUAGAUAAUCAGCAGAACACGUCAAAUGCGAAAGGAAAUUCAAGUCCUGCUUCUUCCUUCGAACCACCAGUAAGUUGAAGGCGGAUGUCGACGCCGACGUCGCCAUUAUGGGCGGUUCCCGAGGAGCUGCCCCAGUUUGUGCGCCUGCCGCCCAACUAUACGUGCGUGAUGUGCGGGUUCGCUCUCCGGCUCCCCGUGCAGACCACGUGCGGACAUCGGAUGUGUGAGGCGUGUGUGCCGCGUCUUUUCCAAAAUGGACGGUUGGAAAACGCACUCUGCCCUGUUGGAGAAGCCGACUGCCAAUUACUUGAUGCCACUAAGUUGACAGUUGACACAAGUACACGUAGAGAGAUAGCGCAACUUCCGGUCUACUGUCGCUACAGGAGCCGAAGCUGUGCUGAGACGCCUAAGUGGCAGGAUCUGCAGACACAUUUGGCCACUUGCGCGUAUAGACGACCGGAAGAAAUCAAGCUUUCUAGAAACACAGGGACAUUUCAAGGAUACAAAAAGAACAAGGCUUUCAAACAAAGGGGAGAUCCACCAAAUGCGGGUGUGUUUUAUAACGAUUUCGACGCUCUAUCGGACAACGAAACGGGUCACGUGAUUACAGGGCAUCAUGGCGGGAAAGCAGAUUUGCAAACCAUGCACCAUACUAAGGAAGUAAGAUGUUGCUCCGAAUAUCAAGCUUAUCCGGGUAGCUGCAGUGAUUGUGGUGGAUACUCGUCCUGCUCGGAAUGUCGCUUUCCAAAUCAAGAGGGGCACAUUGAUGAACAGAAGUUUGCAAAGUCUUUUCAACGAAAGAUUCACGAAUCAACCCGGCAAUCGAAGGAAUCAUUGAAGACAAGACCAACACAAGACGAGCUUUCAGAAAACGAGGUUGAACGGGUGACCCGUGACCUGGAUAGUAUGCCCGACGACAGCCCAGAUCAUCCCUUUGAUAAGCUCCGUAGUAUUGUUUACCAUGAAAAAUUAGAUGAUAUUGACCCACCUGAUCUAGUGUCAGAUGAUUCAAGUGACAUUUUAGAAAUAUCAGAAGAUGAGCACAUUGGUGGUUAUACGUUUGCUGUUGAAUCUAAAAAGAUUGCUACAGAUACCAACCAAUCAAUAAGACGUUCGAUAACUGAUUUAAAGAAAAGAGCCCAAACAGAGAAUGAACACCAAAGUGCAUAUAGAGAAAACACUGAACCUCAAAGCCACAAAUACAGAGUCACUGUCGACAAUUUAGCAGAUAACUCGAAGGGAAAAAGAUCAACUUCGACAGGUUCAGUCAAAAUGGAACCCUUCGGUGCAGCUGCGAUAUCACACGCGAAACAUGUUGAUGAAAAAACGAGUAAUGAGAACGAAAGAGUAGAUUCAGGAAUGGAACGUAUGGGCCUAGUUCUCCGAACAGCACAGGAAAAACUUAUUUGCAAAUGGGCGUUUGAAGGGUGGUUUAAUGUACAAGAGGAGUACCCGUUCCCGCUACCACAGAACAUUUCAACAAUAACUGGCCCACGCGGGACAGGGAGCUCAACCGGUCACAUGACCAUGUUGGGAAAACAACCGCCUCAAAUUUCGAGAAGAAUUCCAAAGAUGUUUCACAGGAAGUCCAAUUUUUGUGGUCAGUGUGACACGCACGAUGGUUUUCAGAUGCCGCCGUCAAUCUUUACGACUCUGUCAGACAUUGCAAAAGAAAUGGGUUUCGAUUUUCCGUCGUUGAUCGAGAGUGCGGAAAACAUGGGUAUGAAUCUGCCGCUGCCCUGUAUGCAAUGUUUCGAAAAGCGGCAAGGGGAGGGCGCGCGCGAGCUUCAGCACGACAUGGACGCUAGCGGACAGGGAGGCAGAUGUCCGGUGUGUGGUGGAAAGAUUCAAACACUAAGCGAGUUUGGACGGAUGCUUGGCAAGAUGCGGAAGUUGAUGUCUGAAAAGGACCUUGUCGCCCGCGACGUCUACCCAGACGGAAACUGCGCAUAUGCCGCUAUAAUCGAUCAGCUAAGGGUGCGCGGGGACUUCCGGUAUACCGUCAAGACAUUACGCCAAGCUGCGGUCCAAUUCUUACGAGAUAAUCCAAACGCGGAAGAUGACACCCCUCUGGCACUGUUCCUGACGCACGAGGAGACCUGGGACGCGUACCUAGCGCGGAUGAGUCAGGACGGCGAGUGGGGGGAUCACAUGACCCUUAAUGCUAUCUGUAACGCCUUGAAUAUGACCUUAGUGAUAUACGGGGGUUACUCGGGUCAGGCAGAGACACGACUCGUCCCACUGACUGCAAAACACGCAAACACGGAUACUGCAAACCCUUUCCCUGAGAUAUUCCUCGGUCAUAUAAAUGAAAGCCACUACAUUAGCUUGCGACCGCGUCAAUGGAAACAAAGGCUAUCUGAAGAUAGUGUGGGGAAUUCAGCGAUGGAAACAUUGUACUGUCACAUGGUACAUAUCGAGAAUAUUGUGAAGCGACUGGUGCAGUUGCAGUACAUUACGCCAGCAGUCCCAUACUCUCGUGUUGGUCACCUCCCUUUUAGUUCUGAAGGAAAUGAACUGCGCGUUGAUAUGGUUGGUAGUUAUCCAAACAAAAUGCUCACACGUCUUGCACAUGUAAAUAACAUUUCACCCGAUAUUGGAAUAUUCUUUCCGACAGAAAACGUAAACAAGGAAUCGAAACGUCAGAUAACAACGUUUUUAUCGCCGAACGACACUCGAGCAGUACCGAUUAUUGAUCAUGCAAGAAAAAAGGAUCUACUUAUUAACGCACUUGAAGAGAACAUACCAGGCCUGUUGUGUCUCAAGCCGAUAUGUCCCUCUUUGUGGGCCGGGGAGACUGAGUAUGUAAACGGAGAAAUAAUUUUAAAAACUAUUUCUAUUUCGCCCAACUGGAAAUUAGGAGGCCAUGAUUUCAUAGCGUUUCGGUGUGAUUGGCCUGACUGUGCGAACGAGUGGUUUGUACGGACUCGAAAGGUCCAGAUGUAUUCAACAACAUGUUUGCGAACGUUGUACGACAGUGGAUGUCACAUUAUACCAGCACUUGAGCGAGAGAGUAUGACAGAUGUCAUGGAUAUCUGUCUCUCGGCCAACAUCGUAGAACAAGGAGUGUACUGGUGUUAUUCCUUUGCUACGGCGGAAAGGACAAUUUGUCAAAGAGUGCUUGAUAAUGGACAAGUACAGGUUUUCCUAAUCUUCAGGAAUCUUCUUGACGAGACGGUAGCAGACUAUUCUAUACCAAUGUCUGUUCUGAAAUCCGUGUUUUAUUAUGCAUGUGAAAACGUGACUCUGAGUGAUUGGAUUUCGCAACCUGGCCAUUGCCUACUUUUACUAUUACACAAGCUGGCAGAAGGAUUAGAGAAGAGGUUUAUCCCUCACUACUUCAUCUCACAGCUCAAUCUCUUGUUAGGGAUGGAGGACACAGUGAUGGCAAAAUUCCUUCAAGAAGUUCAUUCAAUAGAGGCUCAGUUUUUAGAAAAGCUUUUCUUCAUGGCCGACAGACUAAAUGUUACUGCAACAGAGCUCGGUUCGUUCUUUGACAACAUCAUCGAUGAUGUGUUCAUGUAUUCGUCUCACAGAAACGCUCUUCGGUCGUUCAACGAGGCCAUCAUACCUGCUUGUUCAGAUAUACUACAAGAUUUUGUAUAUCAGAAAAACUUCAACGAUGCGUUUGUAGUUCUUGAAGAUAUGAGGGAGCAGACGGGGUUGUAUUCAGCAGAACCGUGCAAUGUACCCGACUUGAUUAAAACAGCAAUGGGAACCAUGGCGAUUGGAUACAAGUACUGUAUGUCUGUUUUUGUGGACAUACAACUAAAUACUGAGUACAGCACAGACCUCUGUGUAGGCUUCGAAACAAUCGCGUUGUCAGAAAUGUUCGGACCAGAUAUCCCAAGCGAACUCGGGCGAAAACCUGUUCCUUCAUUGUAUGCUAUAGCUACUGGAGAUCUGAUGUUCCCAUCAGUAUUUACAACAGUCCUGCGACAAGGCAGUUUACAUGAUGCUUUCAUUUCUGGUUUGAGGUUCUAUUUGGACACUUAUGCGGAAAUAGCGGGUGAAAAUCUUGCCAUCGAAGGCUCGAUGAAUUCGAAAUCGGCGCUAUACAUGCUUGCCGGUCUCUACGACACACUAUGGUUGUCUUAUUUGCAGCAAGGGCGCCAGGAAGAGUUCCGCCCUCUACUGACGAGGUACACACUGAUUGUAGAGCACAGCGGCGUGCCAUAUUUGUAUGAAUAUCUUGCGAGCGCCUUGCGUACACUUGGAGAGCAUGACAUGGCAAAGGACUUAGAGAAACGUGAUACACGGGGCCCCCAGAACAUGAUAACGACUUUGAUGAAUGCCCUGAAAUAACCGGAAUAUCAGUGUGUGGACAUUAAAGACUAGCUUUUUUCUUUCAAGCGCAGCACGGAAACGAUUAUUUCUUUUUUGACAAGAGGACUAUUCGAAAAGACGAGUAGUGCUUUAACAGUACCCCAUACCAUUGAAACCUUUGCUUUUAAAAUGAUUACAGUACUGUGUUGAACCAGACCAUGAUAAAAUGUGUACAUAUAAGGAAAUAUAAACGUAUAUCCAAUACAAUAUGAAUAAGACGUAUAAUACGACUCAGUCAACAGGGACGCCAUUCACGAUGAAUAAAUGUAACUGAGCGAAUGUUUCUGCAUGACAGAACGUAUACUCAUAAAGAAAACCUGUAUAUAAGUUGUCCACAAACGCCUUCAGUACAAUGUAUCAUUCUUUGAAAAUACAUGUAAGGUAGAUUUGUUCCGGAAAAACUAAAUAAUUCACAAUUAUGUCAUUGUACCAAAAUCUCGAAAAAUCCUACGUUUAGAUCAUAAAAUUAUAAUACAAUUUUACUGUCGGAGCAUGUUGCAAUUGAUAAUUGAAAUAAAAAUAUUUUUCUUUUC